UCAGUAUAAAAGCCAAAGCCACAGGAGAGUAAUAGCUUUAUUCCAAAGUUUUCAAAGCUGGAAGUCUUAUUUAGAGUAAACGAAUCUGCAGGCCGCUGCGCAAAGGUGAUGCGCGCUUACUGAGAGGCAUAAAGUUUGACCAGACAAAGAGAACCAAAGUAGAUUCGACUCCAAAGUUCUACUUGCUUUAUAAAUAAAGACCUUUUGCGAGUGUGAAGUCAGCUGAAGAUGGCAGAAGGAGACUUUUACACAAUGGGAAACAGGCAGCGGUUUCCUAGAGACCCGUUUGGAGAAUCACCGUUCAGGGACCAGUCUCCGUUCCGGGAUCAGCUUGCGUCCCGGUUCAUGGAGGAUGACUUCGGAAUGCCGCCCUUCCCCGACGAUCUCGGGGUGGACUGGCCCGGCUGGGCUCGGCCCGGUAGGCUGAGCACGCGCCUCGGGACGUCGCCCUUUGGCGGCGGUUUACGCACAGGGUUCCCCGCGCGUCACUCCACGGGAGGCCCCGCGCUGUACACCAGCAGGUACGGCGAGCCGUCCCCACGCAGCUCCCCCACGACCACGGGCGGGGAGCCCUGGAAGGUCUGUGUGAACGUCCACAGCUUCCAGCCAGAGGAGCUACACGUGAAGACCAGAGACGGUUUUGUAGAGGUCUCAGGAAAACAUGAAGAAAAACAGGAGGAGGGAGGCAUCGUGACAAAGAAUUUCACAAAGAAGAUACAGAUCCCCUCUGAUGUGGACCCCCUGACAGUCUUUGCCUCCUUGUCGCCUGAGGGUGUUCUCAUCAUCGAGGCUCGGCAGACACCCCCAUACUACCUCUUUAGCAGCGAAGACUCCCAGGGAGCUGAAGCUCAUGAGACGGAGACCGCCAUACCCAAAGAAGCCCCAGCAGUCUAAAGUGACUAACAUGAACACAUCAUCCUGCACAAUCAGUUAAGAGUUUGGAAGGAAUCUGGUUCACUGAACUAUCAUCUUAUUUAAACUCUAAGCUCUAAAAUUAAAAAAAGUCUGAAAUAUAUAAGGGCAGGGAAGUCCUCUUGGAUGUCUGUUUUAAUAUUGCAUAAAAUAGUUUUUUUAUACAAGAAAAAGUCUCUUUCUACCACUAACAGGCAUCUUAUAGUAAUACAUUCAGGUUUAUUCUUAAGUACAACUAAAACCAGCACUAAAAUGUAUUUAAAAAACAAUUUUUGCAUAUGGAGAAUAUAUCAAAUUGCAUCAUGUAUAAGUCUACUAUGAUAUCUUUUAUUUUUAAUAUUUAUGCAAAAUUCAAAUAAUGGGAAAAAUAAGGUUAAAAAUCACAAGAAGGGAAAUUAGACGAAGAUUUUUUUUUAAUGUGUUUACUUAGAUGAUUGAUAUUUCCUAUAAAUAGUUUCUAAUGUAUUUUUUGUGUCUGCUUUUCAUUUUAAAGAAGUUGUCCUUUAUAAUAAAAUAUAAACAAAUUGAAAA